AUGGGUGCGGUGAUGAAAGCAGAUAACAUCGCUCUGUACGACGUUUCACGAAUUGGACAUAAAAUGAUACUGAGAUGCUUGAAAAUUGAUCUCAGCUGUAGGGAUUCCAAUCUAAGCAAAAUUCAUUUCUUCCCAAGAGAAACUAGUUCUAAUGGCAGCAAAAUGACAAUGAGAUAUUCUCAUGAGUUAGAUGUUGUGUCGGAUGUUUUUGUUCCAAAUGUUAAAGGCAGAUUCCAACGUGCUUCAACUAUUUCUGGUAUAUCAUAUUGCAGUACGAUGGCACCAGAGGGCGAUAGAGACGAAUUAGUUAAAGAAACGUCUCUAGCGCCCUCUAGUGUCACUCUAUUGAAAUACAAUGUCUUAAAAAAAGUUGCAGAAAGUUUUAAGGAACAUUUUUCCCAAAGACACUUUAUACUUAAACCUUAUAGUUUAGCAGUAUCGACCAAAUGCAGAGCAACUAAUACACUUGAGAGUCAUACAAACAGUCACCAAGGCACACCAAAAAAGAUUCUUCCCAUUGUUUUGAUGGCACAAAUCUCGAAUUGA